UAGUCUUAGGCGGCGGAUUGUGUUGCAACGACACGGCUCGUGACACCGUAGGAUCGGUACCGUGUCGGACGCAUGGACAGCUGCGAAGGCGCAGUUGCAGGCUUCGGAGAGAACCCCUGCUCGUAUUGGCUGAAACCCGGUUUACUUUUGCCAGAAUGGUGUUUGGACAUCGCUCGCGUUCUCAAAGCCCGCACGCUGUAGGCAGACUUUAGGGCGCUUUAUUGGCAGGCAUCCCCCAGCUUGAACAACCUCGACAUCUGUUGCAAAUGCUGUUCCUUUGAAUACAAGCACUACUACGCCAGAAAUUAACCUAAGCACGAUGCCGGGAGGAAUCCAUGCUCCGAUCGAGGAGAUUUUGAAGUGGCCAUUACCGAACACUGUCAACCCAGAGUACAGGCCUAACACGGUAUUUCUUGUCGCUUGCAUAUGUGGUCCUUUGACUUUUGUCAUGUUGAUGGCGCGUCUAUGGGUCAGGAUCUUUCAUCAACGCAACCCUGGCUGGGACGAUUGGCUGGUGACAGCUGGCACGAUACCCACAAUAGCGGCUACGUUUGUGAUUCCUCUAGCAGUUGAAAGCGGCUUCAGACAACACAUAUGGGAUAUAGGCGUCUUCAAGAACCCAGAAAAAGUGGUAAUCGCACGCAAAUAUGUCCUCAGCAUUCUAUGCGUCUUCUGCGUUGCAUCUGGUCUGGUCAAGAUAUCCAUCCUGUUGUUCUUCCGCCGCCUGUCCUCUCGGGUCGUCUCCAACGGCUUUCGAUAUGCUACAUGGAUCACGAUCGGCUUCAUUGCUUCAUCCAGCAUUGCCUUCACACUUGUGCCCAUCUUUGGAUGCCGACCGAUCUCGGCGUUUUGGGAUCAAACCAACUCCACUAAAAUACUCAACGGAUACAAGUAUCACUGCUUUAACGAAGGGGCGGACGUUUUCGCUGCGAGCAUCAUCUCUAUGGUUCAAGACUUCUUCACUGCCCUUCUGCCGACCUUUCUAUACUGGAAACUUCGUAUCCCUGUGCGCCAGAAGAUGGCCUUGUUUGGUAUCUUCGCUAUCGGGUACGGUGUGGGUGCUUUGGGUGCUAUACGUGCAUACUAUAGCUGGCAGAUUUACUUCGCGACCUACGACGUCACAUGGGUCACCUGGGAACUGUUCCUUGUCACGCUGCUGGAGCUGCAUGUGGGUUGCUUCUGCGCCAAUGCACCCUCUCUCAAAGUCUUCUUCCGGCAUUUCUUCCACGACAAACUCACCUCGAGCGCCAAACAAUCGGAGGAUUCCGCACAAAAGAAGCAGGCUUCCAAAACCCAAUCCACCAAGCCGUCAAUACUGGUGGAGACAGUCUCAAGCCUGUUUUCCAAAAGCAGCGGCAUGCAUAGCACAAAGGGAUAUCUUUCGGAAUCUCAUGCAGAGAUCUCCGUCGAUGAGCAUGGCGGCGUGCAAGUCCAGCGGGAUGUCCACAUCGACCACUCUCCAGCACCUCACGCCGUCAUCGAACCCACUCGCCACGAGCUCCGCCCGUCUGCAGAUACCACAGACAUGAUCCGCGCUUCAUACUACGACGACAUCGAGAUGGGACACUUCACCACCGGACGCAACUCGCAGGCCUCGAGGAUGUAUUCUCCAGGUCUCCCUGCCGACACCGACAUCGAAGCGCUCCCUACUAUGCCCGAGGCCUUGAAGUCUCCGCGUUCAUUGAAGUCAUUCCUGUCACUGUACCGCUAUUCCCGCUCGCCACGAACAUCUGCACACCCAGAAUGGCCGCAUUGGUCAUUCCGUGCGACGAUCACGGAAGAGCGACAAGGCGCUGACUCGCGCUCCCAACUCUAUCCUACACGCAGUGACAGCCUGCAGAAAGCAAAAGGGGAAAUUGAGACCUGACGGAGCAAUUCUUCUGCCCGAAAUAAACCGAAUCACGUCACCUUCCUCCCAAGACUUGACGUCCCAGUUCCAGACACAGACGUGCUUC